UUUAUUUGUACGACAAUGACGUGUAACACACGACAACACCUUAAAGAGUUUCUCGCGCAAAUAUAUAUCUCCUUAAGAAGUUUAUACGAAUCUGAAUCACGAUGGAUCCAACCCAAAAAUCCGGCCCGGUUUACGAUAUCGUCAUACUCGGAGCAUCCGGAUUUACCGGCAAAUACGUCGUCCGAGAAGCUCUCAAGUUCCUCCAGACUCCAUCUUCUCCGUUAAAGACCCUAGCUUUAGCGGGUCGUCACCCGACCCGGGUAACCCAAUCUCUCGAAUGGGCAGCCCGCCCGAACCCGCCUCCUUCCUCCGUAGCUAUCCUCACUGCUGAUACAUCCGACACUGGUUCACUUCGCCGUCUCUGUAGUCAGUCCAAACUCAUCCUCAAUUGUGUUGGACCGUUUAGUAUCCAUGGCGAGCCUGUUGUCGCCGCUUGUGUCGAUUCAGGGUGUGACUAUUUGGAUAUAAGUGGUGAACCUGAGUUCAUGGAGAGAAUAGAAGCUAACUACCACGAAAGAGCACAAGAGACCGGCUCAUUAAUCGUUUCUGCUUGUGGCUUCGAUUCAGUUCCUGCUGAAUUGGGUCUUCUCUUCAACUCCAAACAAUGGUUGCCUCCAUCGGUUCCUAACCAGGUCCAAGCAUACCUCAGCGUCGAGUCCCACAAAAAUAUUGUUGUAAACUUUGGGACUUAUGAGUCUGCGGUUUUAGGUGCAAGUGACAGAAAAAAGCUUAAAGAACUCAGACGUUCAAGAACAAGAAGGCCUAGUCCAUCGAUACUUGGUCCACAAGCUAAAGGAACAAUAAUGGAAAACAAGAAGAAGAUUGGUCUUUGGGCUUUGUUUCUACCUUCUCCUGAUGCAGCAGUUGUACGUAGAACUUUCACAACUCUAACAGAGAAACCACGUGGGCUUCCUGGGCUUAACGAGAGUCCGGACAAGAUGCAAAAGAGAGAAGCGUUCUGGUCAACGAUCCAACCAGCUCAUUUUGGUGUGAAGAUAACAUCCAAGUCUCUCUUUGGGAUAUUCAGAUAUGUUACACUUGGAGUCUCCCUUGGUCUACUUUCCAAGUUCUCCUUUGGAAGAUGGCUUCUUUUGAAGUUCCCUUCUGUUUUUAGCCUUGGUUGGUUCAAGAAGAAAGGUCCAAGUGAAGAAGAGGUAGAGAGCGCUACGUUUAAGAUGUGGUUCAUAGGUCGUGGCUACAGCGAAGAGAGACUUGUUUCACAAGGAAAGACAAAGCCUGACAUGGAGAUCAUUACAAGAAUCUCAGGACCUGAGGUUGGGUAUAUAACCACUCCUAUAACACUUGUUCAAUGCGGUUUGAUUGUCUUGAGCCAACGUGAAAGCCUGGUUAAAGGAGGAGUCUACACACCAGGCAUCGUGUUUGGUUCAACUGAUAUCCAGAAGCGACUUGAAGACAAUGGCAUAUCCUUUGAAGUGAUUUCGAAUAGCAAGAUUCAAGACUAAGAUCGAAAGAGAUCUCUUAUCUAAUAUUAUAUUUUGUUUUUAAGUUAUGUUUCUUCAUCUAACGAGCUUCAAUGAUACGAUGAAGACAGUUUAAUGGUAAUAAUAAAUUCGUUUCGUUGACGUUGGGUAUGUUGAUGUACUCAAGAACAGAGUGUCUGUUGAAAAGGAGAACUUUAUUCAGUAAUCUUAAGCUAG